CGCCCAACGGCUCAGUAUCGGAAUAUCAGUCUUGCGAGUCAGUACAGUGUAUCAGUACAGCGUAUCUCUGUCCUCGGCUUUCUGAAUUACUGUGUUUCGUUCUCUUGUCUCUCUUCCCUUCACUAAUAUUCCGGGCAACAUUGACGGGCAUCGGUGCACGUUUUUCACAACAAACAGAACAGCUCGAAUGUGCCCGACGAGCUACUACAGUGGCACCCGUACCGAUGCAUAACUGAACCUGUAUUUCUACCUCAUCACAAAGAUACUCUUCUUUUUCACGCAACAAAAUAGAGAUGACCAAGUACUGUACCACACCAAUUAUUGUGAUAUUCCUCUGUGGCUUUCUUGGACAUACAAUCUCUCAAGAGAAUGUGCCUAACGCAGAAGAAGUAUUAAACAAAGUUUCUGGUGUCAUCGACUUGAAAAGCCUAAAUGUAUCUAAUAUACUUUCGGAUGUGAGUAACAAAACAUCUAUGGUACAAAUGUUUGAGGAAACUACGAGUGUUAUCAAGCAGAAAUGCGAGAAAUACGGAGGAGAGGGUGCAUACGAAAAUGCUGUGAAUGCAACCAUCAAACUAGAACAGUGCCUUACGUCAUUUGUUAAUUUCACACAAUUGGAGAUAGAAAUGGAAAAAUACAAACCUACUGGAGAUUUGGAUAUAGUGUUCAAAAAUUACUGCCAAAAAACUCCCAUUUUGAAGCAAUGUGUCAGAAACUUCACUACAGGGCUGGAACCUUGCUUGGAAGCAAAGGAACGAGAAAAUAAAGAAAUCAUUCAAAAUAUCACAAAUUCUCUCUUAAAUUUUGUGUGUUACAAAGAAGGAGAUCGUAUUGCCCUUUUCAUAUCUGCUAAUGGUCCAGAGUGUCUACGAUCGAAACAACAAGAAACUCUACAAUGUAUUAAUUCUACUUUAGGAAACUAUAUGCCCCAGUUAGAACCUAACAGCGAAUCUUUAAAAACAAUAGACAGCCUUCCAUUCCUUGUUCUUGGGAAUAAAGAAUGCACAGACAUGUCAAAACUCCAGACUUGUGUUGUAAAGGAAUUGGAAAAAUGUUCAGAUCCAACACCAGCAAACAUUGUAGAUUCUAUAUUCAAUUUUAUUCGAAGAGUAACACCAUGUCAGAACUUGGUAACUGUACAAAAUGCUGCUGCUUCUAACUUAACAACGGUUAAUUUACUAAUUAUAAUGAAUAUAGUAUUUUUUUCAUUAAAACUCCUAUGAAAUAAAUAAUUAAUUCCAAUAGGCUUUAUGUACAAAGAGACAUAACUUUGAAAGGUAAACAUUUUUUUCUACAAAUAUGAAUUUCAUUUUUCAAAUCCAUCUUAGGUUUUUAAUGAAGCAUAAUAUGUGAUACUUUUGAAAGUAAAAGUAACAUUCCAAUAUAUAUGUAUAAAAAAAAAUUUUUUUAUCUUUAAGAACCAUUUUUACUACAUUAGUUCCAAUGUAAUUGAAACAAACAAAAUUUGUACUGUUCUAACAAUUCUGGUGCUUCAGAAUAGACUGACAUAUUUAUAAGUGUCCAUCUGAAUAUGCAGACAAAAAUAUAAAUUACAACUAUAGUAGAAUCUAGAUCUAUCUUCACUUUUGCUACACUUGGAAUAUAUUCAAUUUUGUACUAUAGUAAUGUAAUCAAGUAAAUUCAUACCAACUUGUAUAUAAGUACUAUGAAUUAUAUGCAAUAAUAAGACA